AUGGUAAGUUUAGGUUCAGGAUCAGUUGUUUGUGCAAUCCUCGUAGUCUUGUGUAUGGUAAGGCCAGGUUUGGCUACGGAUUACACUGUGGGAGAUACCUCAGGCUGGGCAAUUGGCGCUGAUUAUAGCACAUGGACCAGUGGCAAGACCUUUGCAGUUGGUGACAACCUUGUGUUUAACUAUGGAGGAGGCCACACAGUAGAUGAAGUGUCUGCCAGUGACUACAGCACAUGCACUACAGGCAACGCCAUUACUUCAGAUAGUAGUGGUGCCACCACAAUAGCCCUCAAGACCGCUGGCAGUCAUUAUUUCAUUUGUGGCGUUCCUGGCCACUGUGGAAGUGGCAUGAAGCUUGCAGUAACUGUUGCAGCAGCAGCAGGAUCAAGCACAACUCCCUCCGCCUCAGGGACUCCAUCUUCUACUGGCACUACCACUUCUCCAGCCGGUAGUAACACCACAAUCUACAAACCGUCAUCAAACAAAAUACCUGAUUCAUCCUCAGGGCUUAAUCUUUCCCCGUUUGCGGCUACAGUGGGUACUUGUGUUGCAGUUUUAGUGAUGGUUUUCUCAUAA